UCAUUUGGUGACACGUAUAGCUUUCAAUUUUCUGCCUAAGCGCGUUCCUUUACGCCUGAUUUAUCGCGUUGGUUUACGGUGAUUUAUAAGUACCAAAAAAGUGACUUGUUAUAGUUAAACUUAUAGUCCAAUGUAAUUAUUAAACUUAUUCCAAUAGCUGCUCGGUUUGGCUCGCUUUGUAUGUUUCAAGUGCUUAUCAUUGUUCAAAUAAACUGUUGCCUGGAGUCGUGGGUUCAGUGUAGUUCAAUCGAUAUAGUUGCGAUACAAGGGGCGAAGAAAAUAGUUUAUCACAACAGAUUCCGUGUCGUUUCCUUCGUUCCUCUUCCUUUUCCUAUAGUUUCUUUUCAAUACAUCCGCCUAUGUCUGCAUAUAUAGAACUACUCCGCUACCUUCUAGAAAUAUGAUUCACUUGCCCUUUAUCGCUUUUAGCAAGUGAAUGGGAACCGCUGUGAUCGCUGUGAAGCAACAGUUGGGUGGAAAACCCUUUUUUGCAGAGUCUUUUUGGGGUCGAAAUAUCCGUUAUUAGGAGUGUAAUGUUGGUUACAGAAGUUUACGAAGUUUGAGCAUAUGUAUCGUACCAUCGGCUGUUAGUUGUACGAGCUGCGCACUACAUACUUGUUAUCUUAUACUUUCAGAUUCCGAAAAAACUAUUCUACGGUAUUAUUUACCCUGAUUGAUUGUUGUAACAACGUGAAAUAUGGCGGAACACAUAGCUAUGCCGGAAGAAGAUCCGAUCAGUUCGCAAAAUUUUGAGACGCUUAAAGGUACUGAUUUCGCGAAUCUGCUAAAUAAGAUGGACAAUCUGAGCUCUUUGAGUAGCUCAUUGGCCAAAGCUCAGAACGAUGAAACUGUGAAGGAGCUUCGGGUGACGCUGGAUCUAGUUAUAGACCGUAUAAAAACGUUGCAAGACGAUCUAUCCAAGCCCAAUGCAAUAAAACUGGCUGAAUCCGUCAUCGUCCUGCUGAAACUAUUGGAGCCGAGCGUACUGGAGAAUACUUCGCAAGAGAAAUUAGACGAAUUGAUUGACGUAAACUUUCGCAAUCCGGAUAUGACGAUUCAAAAUAAGAAUAUACGGAAAAUAAUUGAAAGCAGACUAGACACACUGGAGAAUGAUCAUCAGUUCAAAGAAUUGAAAAAUCAUAUUGCACGUUUGCUAAAUAAAAAUUGAAAAGCUGAUUUUUUCUGCUAAAUGAUGUUUCCAAUGAUAUUCUGACAAAA